AUGUCGAUCGUUGAGCCGAUUCUCGACGAGCAAAGUCGGAAAGUAGAUGUGGUGAUAGUCGGUACUGGACUCACCGAGUGCAUGUUGGGAGCGGCACUCUCGGCUAAGGGGAAGAAGGUGCUCCAGCUGGAUUCUAAUAGCUACUAUGGCGGAUCUUCGGCGUCGUUGUCACUUCGGGACUUGCAGAGUUGGGCUGCUGAGGAACCGACCAGCAAGGUGGAUAAUUUCGUGGCGCGUGACGCUGACUGUGAGGCCUUCAUUAAUGGGAUGCUUUGA